UAGACCUCCUUCGCUGAUGCUAAGAUUUGACUAUCUUAUUUAUGUGUCGAGCCUCGUAUCGGCUGACGACGCCUGCUAUUUCACCUCUAACUGCGUGCAUUGAGCAAACAUAACUCGUUGCGCUUCUCUUCUCCUCACAUGAUUCUAGGAUAAAACAAGACAUGACUAGGUCCUAAUCGCGUCUGGAAUAAAAGCUUGUAACCGAGCUUAUUUGAUAACCGUCAGUGGCCGAUCCGAUUUUCCGUUCCCAGCUUGGGAUUCGGGCGGUUGCUACGAAGCAUGGCUACCACAUGGACGUGGAAAUCGAGUUCAAUACGAGCCGACGCGCAGGUUGCUGGAUCCGACUAUUGGUGGUGAAUAUGGCUCGACGUCAUGACAUGGUAUCGAAGCAAAGAAAUAGACAUCGGGCCUACUUUAUUAAAUGUUGGCAAAGUCACUACAUGUAGAUACAGAUUCGAACUCAGCAAUUACUGUUCUUACAUACUAUGGCAAAGGCACAUCCAGCAACCAUCCUUCUCGCGUGUCUUGCAGCAGCUGCCUCUGCAGCGCCUACCAAGGCAUCUGGUCGCAUAAAGUCUGGUACCUAUGCAGGCGUAGUAAACUAUGGCACCAAAAUCACAGGAGCCAGCGCAGACAUAACAGUCCCGGAAUGUCGCGUCGGGACGCCAAAUACGACUUACAGCACUUAUACUUCCGAUGGCUGGGUGGGCAUCAGCGCCUAUCGCGCGCCCGACGAUGCCGCAUCAUACGGACUUUUGCAAACCGGAAUUUCCUGCUUCAUCGAGCCCAACUUCAAUCCCGAGACUGGAGAAUAUCUGCCCGCAACCACUUCCUACCAAGCCUGGACUGAAUGGGCACCUGGCCCUCCAAUCUACUUCAACAGCUCCCUCAGCGACUUCCAGCCCGGCGACCGCAUCCAUGGCAGAGUUCAUGCAGUCGGCCGAGACGCCGGUACCACGUAUCUGAGGAAUCCCCGCACGGGAAAGGAGUAUACAUAUAAAUUCAUCAACCAGACCGCUCUCCUCGGCUCGACGAAUGCGGAAUGGAUCACCGAAUGCGAAACGGGAUAUACACCCGAGUUCGGGGCUGAAGGCACCCUCACGGCGAAUUAUACCGCGUGGCAUUUUGAGAACGCGGCUUAUUAUCUGGAAUCAGACGCGAAGCCACACCUGGCGCGUCCGGAAAGUCAGAUUGAUACAUAUAUCAAUGGCACCGAGGUCGCGAAGACGGUCUAUCACGCUGCCGGGCGGUUUCAGGUUGAUGAUGCCUGGCCUGCGAAUUUCACGCUCGGACUGUGAAUUGCGGAUUGCGGCUGAAAUUAGCCUUCACGUGGCGGCACUUUGACAGGUGCAGUAGAGUCUCGAUAACGGGCGGCUGUGCCUUUCGAUAACCUAGACCCAUCUUCACGAUCGCUGUUGAACGCACUAAACAAUUCUAUGUUUGGCCGUAGUGACAGGAAUGAUCAGUGCAUAAUUGGUGAGAGAAAUGGGAGGAGAUCUUCGCCGCUUGCCUGCCGACGACCCGGAUCGAAUUGCCGUUCCGGGCGUUUGGGACAGAAGAAAGGCGCGGGCUAAUGCAAUCGUGCAGAGUUCGUUCCGGCCUGAUGGAAUUUCCCUUCCCCGAAAUUGAUAUCGUUCGUCAGAGACACCCAGUG